AUGCCCGAGCUGGUGGUGACGGCCCUGCUGGCGCCGUCGCGCCUCACCCUGAAGCUGCUGCGCGCCUGCAUGUGGAGCCUGGUGUUCUCGGCGGCGCUGGUGGCCGCCGCCUUCUACGGCUGCAUCGCGCUCACGCACGUGCUGUGCCGGCCGCGGCGCGGCUGCUGCGGGCGCCCCCGGCACACGGCGCCCGUCUGCCUGAGCGACCCCGAGCUGGGGGAGCACUGCUUCCUGACCCUCAAGAGCUCGGGCCUGCGCCUGCACUAUGUCUCUGCUGGACGCGGCAACGGGCCCCUCAUGCUCUUUCUGCACGGCUUUCCCGAGAACUGGUUCUCCUGGCGCUACCAGCUCCGGGAGUUCCAGAGCCGAUUUCACGUGGUGGCUGUGGACCUGCGUGGCUACGGCUGCUCUGAUGCACCAAAGGAUGUGGACUCCUACACUGUCGACUUGCUCACAGCAGACAUCCAGGAUGUCAUCCUGGGCCUGGGUUACUCCAAGUGCAUCCUUGUGUCCCACGACUGGGGUGCGCUUAUAGCCUGGAACUUCUCCAUCUACUACCCAUCCCUGGUGGAGCGGAUGGUGGUGGUCAGUGCCGCCCCCAUGUCCGUGUACCAAGAGUACGCAGUGCGCCACAUCGGCCAGCUCUUCCGUUCCAACUACGUGUUCCUGUUCCAGCUUCCCUGGCUGCCCGAGAAGUUGCUGUCCAUGUCUGACUUCCAGAUCCUGAAGAGCACCCUCAGCCACCGAAAGAGGGGCAUCCCACGCCUGAGCCCCGAUGAGCUGGAGGCCUUUCUUUAUGACUUCACCCAGCCUGGGGGCCUCACCGGGCCCCUCAACUACUACCGGAACAUCUUCCGGAACUUCCCCCUGGAGCCCCAGGAGCUGGCCACGCCCACCCUGCUGCUGUGGGGGGAGAAGGACCCCUACUUCGAGCAGGGGCUGGUCGGGGCCAUCGGCAGGCGCUUUGUGCCCGGCCGGCUGGAAGCCCACACCCUGCCAGGCGCGGGGCACUGGAUCCCGCAGAGCCACCCUAAGGAAAUGCACCAGCACAUGUGGGCCUUCCUGCAAGACCUGCUGCACUAG